CAUCACUGGAACUAAAGACACAGGCCAGUGAAAAUCACACGGUGAACCUCAUACAGUUAAGACGUCUCUUGGAUAAUAAAUAAAAGGUUGGUCAAAAGCAAGGCCGUCCACCUUUGGGGCCCAACAUCUCAACAAAUUCUAAGAACUCGGCAACAACAAAAGAAAAAAAGCAGCUGGAACAAGAAGAACCAAGAGGAGGAAAGUGAGCAAUGUGCUGCUGGAAUUUUAAAUAUCUAGCUGAAUUCAUAUUCCAGGCUCCAUGGACACAUCCCCCGCUGCUGUGUUCACCUUGUCGGGAGCAAACGAAUCCUGGACUAUGAAAUACAUCGUAUUUGCUUUCACAGCCCAAGGUUAUUUCUUGACCCUCUUUCUAAACAUCACUCUCAUCGCCGUAAUCGGCCUGGAGAAGGAGCUCCAUCAGCCCAUGUACAUCUUCCUGUGUAACCUGUGUGUCAACGGGCUCUACGGCACCCUUGGCUUCUACCCCAAAUUCAUGUCGGACCUUCUCUCCGACUCCCACGUCGUUUCUUACAACGGCUGCUUGCUGCAGUCUUUCAUCAUCUUCUCGUACGCCUUAUGCGAGCUCACGAAUCUCACCGUGAUGGCAGUUGACAGGUAUGUGGCGAUCUGCAAACCUCUGCAUUACCAUAGUACUGUGACACGGGUAAGGGCAGGUAAAAUGCUCGUGUUUGUCUGGAUGCUUCCGUGCUGUUCAGUCGUGUUGUCCAUACUGAUCACGACCAAAAUGUCCUUCUGCGGAGGGACUGUACAACACAACACACUGUACUGCAAAUUAACCAUCUCCACCUGCAGAGAACAACUGCUCAAGUUUGUCUUCAACGGAAUAUCUACAAGCUUUUAUUUGUCCAUGGCCUUAUUCGUCGUCUACUCUUAUGGUAAAAUUUUUUUUGCCUGCAGGAAGUCCAGACAAAACCAGAGUAAAUUCGUACAAACUUGUGUGCCGCAUUUAAUAACCUAUUUACACUACAUCUUCGUCGUUCUCUGUGACUCGUUCAGCAUUCGUCUCAGCGGCACAGAUCUUCCUCAGUGGUUUCAGAACUUCAUGUCGGUGGCGUUCUUAGUCACCCCCCCUGUUCUCAAUCCCCUUAUUUACGGCAUGAAUCUCACUCCUAUUAGGACAAAGAUACGGAAAAUGCUGCAAAUCCGGCAAGAAAAUUGCGUAUUUUCCGAUUCCUCAAAAGAGUAAAGCUGCUCGAGUCGAACCACCAUAUUAUUCUUACAUUUAAAUGUAAAGUUAUAUCAUUCGUCAUUGUAGCAUUAUUAACAGUAUUCAAACACAAGGAUACGUAGGCACGUUUUUGUUCAAUGUACGCCAGUUGUUAAGAUGGAACAUGAAUACUUUGUUUGCAUUUGAUGUCUCCUGAAAAAGAAUUCAAAAUAAAUUUCAUAAAGUGAUGCAUUUCAUUUAAAA